AUGGCGGCUGAAAACCACACAACAGUGACAGAAUUCAUUAUUUUGGGCUUAACAGACAAUCCUACACUAUGCGCCAUCUUCUUUGUGAUAUUUUUAGCAGUCUAUCUAGUUACUAUAAUGGGCAAUAUCACCAUAAUCAUAUUAAUCCGAAGUAGUCCUCAGCUUCACACCCCAAUGUACCUGUUUCUAAGUCACUUGGCCUUUGUGGAUAUUGGAUACUCCACAUCAGUCACAUCAAUCAUGAUCAUGAGUUUCUUACAAGAAAGAACUACUAUUCCUGUCAUUGGCUGUAUAGUCCAGCUAGCCUCGGAUGUCACCUUUGGUACUACAGAAUGCUUCUUGCUGGCUGCCAUGGCAUAUGAUCGCUAUGUAGCCAUCUGUUCUCCUCUGCUGUAUUCCACACAAAUGUCUCCAGUGAUCUGCUUCUUCCUUUUGGGAGCUUCCUAUCUGGGUGGAUGUUUGAACGCUUCUUCGUUUACUGGCUGUUUGGUAAACUUGUCCUUCUGUGGACCUAAUAAGAUCAACCAUUUCUUUUGUGACCUCUUCCCACUCUUGAAGCUCUCUUGUGGCCAUGUUUUCAUUGCUGAGAUAUCUCCUGCUAUCACUUCUGGGUCAGUUCUUAUAAGUACAUUGUUUACGAUAAUUGUGUCUUACAUCUACAUUCUCCACUCAAUCCUCAAUAUGCGCUCUACUGAGGGGAGAAACAAAGCCUUCUCCACCUGCACGUCCCACCUCACCGCAGUCACUUUGUUUUAUGGGACAGUCAUGUUUGUUUAUGUGAUGCCAAAGUCAAGCUAUUCAGCUAAUCAGGUCAAAGUGGCAUCUGUGAUCUAUACAGUAGUGAUACCCAUGUUGAACCCUCUGAUCUAUAGUCUGAGGAACAAGGAAGUGAAAGAGGCCAUGAGAAAAUUGAUGGCUAGAAAACAUUCAUUUUUUCUGACUUAA